AUGAGACUGGCAGCGGAUGGUGGGCGGAAUGGAACAUUCUGGGUGAGCACCUGCUAUUUGUGGCGCUCAUUCAAACGGCCGUUUCCAGACAUCUCGAGUGCUCGUCGUUUGCGCGUGUGCUCUCCUCGUUUAUAGCUUCGUCGCUGUCGACAUCACAACUACAGUAUCUCUUCCGAGAAUCGCGAAAGGUUUGUUUCUAAUAUAAUCCUAGUUCAACUUGAGUCAGUUCAGAUGACGUCACCUCAUCAUCAAAUCCACGACUCGUAUUCGUGGUCAUCGACGCCUUCAGACUCUCAUUUCUCACUUCUUCCGACUCUCCGAUGACGUAGGAAUUCAUUACCGCCAAUCAUGAAAAUGUCUCUGUUCUUAGAUUCACUCGAGCUUCAAUCGAAGCCUCUUCUGCAGUUGUCUUCGACGCCUACGCACGUAUGCCAACAGUUACACUGCCACGUAUCACCGCCUACAUCACUGGCACGCUUCCGUCCUUCGGAACAAUCCUCACCAACCUGGCGACGGAUGAAAUCAAAACUGAUAACUGGAUAUCGAGGUUGAAUGCGAAUGGGAAAAAGGUGCAUUUUUUCGGGGAUGACACUUGGAUCCGAUUGCUCCCUGGACAAUUUCACAAAUCAGAAGGCGUCACUUCCUUUUUUGUCAAUGACUUUACGGAAGUGGAUAAUAAUGUUACAAGUCAUUUGAAAGAAGAGAUGGCAUCUGACGAAUGGGAUGCGUUGAUACUCCACUAUUUGGGACUCGACCACAUCGGACAUUCUUUGGGUGGAACUUCUUCGAAAAUCAAUGAUAAACUGGCUGAAAUGGAUGGAGUCGGUCGAAUGAUUCAUGAAAGCAUCUCUGAGGUGAUUAACUGUGAUGUUUUUAUCAUACUCAUUCAUUUUCAGACGAAAAGAGAAACGUAUCUGAUUGUGUGUGGUGACCAUGGAAUGACAGCUGCAGGAUCGCACGGAGGAGCCAGUCGAGAUGAGACCCGGGUUCCAGUAGUCAUUUGGACAAUAAAUGGAAACGAUAAUAACGUGAGAAUGACGGGAUCAUUGAACGAAGGUCGGUGAAAUCCAGAGCAAGUCUGAAAGGGAUUUCAGUUGAUUCCAGCAAACAUGCGAAGCAUCGAGCAGAUUGACAUCUCUGCCACCAUAUUCGAUUUGUUCGGAUUCCCAGUUCCGCCGGAAUCGUAUGGCAUCUCGCUAAUCGCCACCCUUCGGAAUGAACCAUCCGCUGUUCGUCAGAAGCGACAACACGAACAUUUCAAGAGAUUAGUGAAAGGUACGAUCAAUGAAAUGAUGUUGAAAGCACUAGUAUUUUCAGAAAGACGACUACCCGUGUCGGAUAUCUGUGAAACAAGCGAUUGUGAUCUGACGAGUCGGUUUAUGAGAUCGGCGCUCGAGAAAUGGCUCAAAACAGUCCAAUAUGAGCUGAUCGGAUCUGCCUCCGAAGUCCCCAAUUUCUCUCUUGCUGUCUGCGUUAUCAUUAUCUUGAUUGUGAGAAAAUCUUUCAUCGUUAAUAGCUUUCCAUAUAUUUUAGGCUGGAACAGUCUCAUCUUCCCUUUGGAUUCAGCGAUCCGCUCUCUCGGAUUUCCCUCUUUUUCUUAUAAAUUUCAUCUGUUUCGCGAGCAGUUUGAUCGAAGAGGAACACGAGAUUUGGUACUUCCUGGCGAGCAGUGCAAUCGCAUUCCGAUUCAUUUUUUAUUUGAGAAAAUGGAGAGACGGAGGGAAGGAGAAGGUAAUUUCAGACGGAAUGUCGAUUAUUUCAUGCAGUGUUUGCAGAUCGGGUCUGUCGUUUUGUUGGCUUUUUUCCAUCGGAUCGCACUUGGAUUCAUGCAAAGCACUCGACGGAGAUGGUCGAUGGAGCAGACCCUCCUGCCGCCCACUCUCUUCCCGGAUGCUCUCGAUCUCCGACUGGAUGAUUUGAACACCUACUUCGGGUAUUAGCUCUCCCAGUGUCCCAACUAACCCACCCUUCCAGUCGUCAUCCACUGCCAGUCACUCUUCUCUCCGCUGCUGUCUGGAUGCUCUCUCUGAAGCAGGCCAUCAUUCUCCUCCCAUUCCUUUCCCACUUUCUCCGUUAUUUCGAACACACUAUGUGAGUUAGAACAACUCCCAUUCUUGCAAAUCUCUUAUGUUCCAGAUACGACGCCUACUUCCUCAUGCUUCUACGUGUAUCCAUCCUUCCAAUAUCAUUCGUUUCCGGUUCUUUUUCUUCCGGAAUCAUGUCUCUCCUCCUGACAGUCGCCCCCUCUUCUCAACUUCUCCUUGUUCUGAUCGUCUAUCAAAUUGGAUCUUUCACUUCUAAACUGCAAUUGAGCCGCUCCGAAUGCAUCCUCCUCUCAAUCUCGUCAUUCUUCUACACCGUAAGAUUGAGCGCAUGCCUUCUCUCAUCGUACUCUUCAGGGUAAUUCCAACAGUCUCUCCACUCUUUCUCUCACUUCUGCCUACGUCGGAUUGCUCGAUUACAUCCCGCUUCUGGUCGGUUUCCAGCUCAUUCUCUACACUUUCGCAGGCCCCAUUGCGUUCCUCUGUGGAAGGUAGGCGUUUUGCUCGCUUUCCCUUAAUAUUUUUUAAUUCAGACGCUCAUCUGGAGGCGAUUCGUCGUUCCUCCACCUUUUUUUCAGUUUCAGAAUCUCGUUCCUUUCCACGUCACUCGUGUGCCUUUACAUUUUCCAACAUCAUCUGUUUGUCUGGUCCGUUUACACCCCGAAAGUCGUGUAUGAUAUGGCUCAUGUGAUAUUUUAUUCGCUUAUUGGAUUGUUCUGUUAUUAG